UCGCGCCAAACCCAUAAACAAUAAAACCAUCUGAUCGACACACACCUCCAUCUUCCUCUCCUUUUCAUCCUUUCCAACUUUCCAUAUCACUCCCAACGCCAUUACUCUAUCGCUCUCUGUGCAGCUACAGACUAAUUCUAAUGGAGAGCUCAAGCCCCCGAUCAUUCUUUCGGAAGAUCAGAUCCAGAGAGCUAAGCGGAUUCAGAGUCCGAAAGCGACCGUAUAUUAGCGACGCCGCAUCGGAUAUAAUCGAAAUUGGAGCUGUGACUGUUGAACACUGCGGCGAUGAGACUCCGCCGUUGGCCAUCUCAUUCUGCGAGAAUAUUAAGAAUUCGCACAUCCUUGCCGUGUCCGAUGAAGACGGGUACGUGAGCUUGUUCGACACUCGCCGCAAGUUCUCUUGCUCCGCAUCUCACCAAGAAAACGCAGAGAAAGCCAAGGUUUGCGACUGGGUCGCGCAUCACAAUGCCGUGUUCGAUGUACGUUGGAUUAAGGAAGACGCUCAAAUUCUGACGGCUUCUGGUGAUCAAACCGUGAAGGUAUGGGAUGUCCAGGAAAUGAAAUGCAUUGCAGAGUUGAUGGGGCACACUGGAAGUGUAAAGUCUAUAUGUUCUCAUCCAACCAAUCCUGAUAUUGUUGUCUCCGGUUCAAGAGAUGGGUCCUUUGCUCUGUGGGACUUGAGAUGUAAUUCUAAUUCCAGAAGUGUUCACGGGGAGCUUUGCUUAGGUUCGACUGCUGUGGUUAAAGGAGCACAUCUUCCCCCUCGAGCAAAACGGAUUAGGCGGGGCAAGGCAGCUUCCAUGAGCAUUACAUCGGUUCUUUAUCUCAAAGAUGAGGUUUCAAUUGCUACCGCGGGAGCAGUGGACAGCGUUUUGAAGUUCUGGGAUAGCAGAAAUUUGAAAAGUGUGGUAACACAGACAUGCCCUCAUCCCCAGUCAACCGAAAAGGAAAGAAGAUUACAUGGUAUAUCUAGCUUGUCCCAAGAUUUGAAUGGGGUGUUUCUUUCAGCCUCAUGCAUGGACAAUAGAAUAUACUUGUACAAUUUACUUCAGCUUGAAAAGGGACCUUUGAGAUCUUUCUCUGGAUGCCGGAUAGAAUCGUUUUAUGUAAAGUCGGCAAUCAGCCCUGAUGCGACUCACAUAAUCAGUGGUUCUAGUGAUGGAAAUGCCUAUAUUUGGCAGGUGAACAAACCGCAUGGGGAUCCCGUUGCAUUGAAAAGCCAUGAUGGAGAAGUCACAGCAGUAGAUUGGUGUCCUUUCGAGGAUGGGCAGAUAGCAACUUGUUCAGAUGAUUUCACGGUUCGCAUGUGGAACACCCAGAACAGUAUUUGCUCGAGCACAGGAUCCCCCCCAUCUUCCAAUCGAAGGAGAGUAAUGGCAAUCCCUAGUGUGGAAUGUAGAAAGCUUAUGGUAAAUGAACCAAGUUGUCCUAAAGAGGAUCCAGACAGUUGGUCUCCUUCCAAUGAUGUAUUACACCAAAAUAACUCAUCCUACACAAUCAUCAUGCCCAAAAUCAGCACUCCUGAGGCCCAGAAGAAAAGAUUUUUCUCUGGUUCUGAUUUAAAUGAGGCAUUUGAGAAAACCCCUGAAGCUACAGUGAAGAGCCCAUCUUCUGUCUUGAACCCGCCUUCCUCUACAAAACGAACAAUCCGAGAUUACUUUCAUGCGGCUUCAUAAUUUGAUGGUUUCUAUUUUUGGGAUAAUUAUCGGAGUUUUUACAGUGAAGUCUUCUUUAAUUCGCUGCUGGAUCAAUGACUUGACGAACCGAGGAGCUGGUGCAUCACUCUUUUUUCACAUUAUAGGUUGCAUCGGAAACUGCAAGUGAGAGAGGCUGCAGGAUUUUUUGACUAUUAUAUCUCGUCAAUUUUCCCUCGGGAUUCAGGUCAACUCGGAAUUGAACAAAAAUAUGCACCAGACGGGAUAGAUGUACAUUCUUAUAAAUUACAAAGAGUUUUUGGAGUUAUCAAAAUCUAUGAAGCUCAUUCACAUGCAUGAAUUUAUCGUGUAAAAUAGUUUUUUUUUUUUCAGGGAGUUAAAC